AUGAAAUUAUUAUUAUUAUUAUUUUUAAUAAUAAAUUCAAUAAUAUUAUCAAAAUGUGGUUAUAGUCAAACAAAUGAAAAAAUAAUAGUUACUGGAGAAUUUGAUAAAACCAUUGACAAAUAUACAAUUUCCUUUUCAAAUAUUGGUGAUAUUACUCAACUAUGUUCAAUUAAUACUACAAUAUUGACAUGUUUCCCACCAGCCAAAUCAAUUAAUGGUGGAUUCUUGGUGUAUGAUAAAGAAGAAGGUACAAAUGUAAUUGAUAUAACCACAGUUGUAUUAUCACCAUAUAUUUCAAGUAUGGAUCCAAAAGUAAUACCAACAUCAUCAAUUGAAAUCACAAUUAGAGGAUUCUAUUUCAACGCAAAUUCAAAUCCAGAAACAAACAAAACAUCAACUCAUUUACUUGUUACCAUUGGUGGUUCAAAUGUUGAUAUAAAUUCAACAGCAUCUGAUUCCGUUAAAUUCUAUCCACCAAGUUUUUUCCAAACACCUCUAACCAUAUCAUUAACAAAUGUUGAUAGUGGUAAAAAAUCAAAUUCAAUUAAAUUCAAAUAUGAAUUACCAAAUAUUGAAUCAUUAUCAGUUGUUGACAUUAAAGAUAAUAAUAAUAAAACCACUCAACAAUAUCUUAAUAUUAGUGGUACAAAUUUUGGAUCAAAACAAUCAAUGAAAUUAGUUUUCGUUGAAAUCCAUGAUUUUAAUAAUGAUUCAUUAAUCAUUACAAAGUUAACUGAUAUCUUAUCAAUUAACGAUACAAAUUUAUUAAUUAAAAUUAAUAGUGAUUCUUCAAGUGGUAAUAUCUAUGUAAAUGCAAAUUCUCAACAAUCAAAUACAUUACCAUUAUAUUUAACACCAAUAAUUACAAAUGUUGAUUUUCCAAAUUAUAAUGGUGAUACAAUUAAUAUAACUGGUAGUUACUUAUCUGAUAUUUAUUUAUCACCAUCAACAAAAUUAAAUUGUUCAACAAUUUUAAUUAAAGAUUCAAAUACUGAUGAUGAUGACAAUGGUGAUGACACAUUAUCAUCAACAUCAGAUUCUUCAUCAUCAUCAACAAAAGCAACAACUUCAUCAUCAAGUAAUAAUAAUAUUUAUUAUAAAAAAUGUAAAUUCCCACAAAGAAAUUUAAAUGAUUCAAUUUCAUUUUCAAUUUUUUCAAGAUCAGUUGGGAAUAAUGUUAAUCAUGAUUCGAAUGAAUUUAAAUCACAUUAUCAAAAACCAAUUAUUGAUGCAGUUGUUCCAAAUGGAUUUUAUGUUAAUAAUAAAUUGAAUUUCACAUUUUAUGGUACAAAUUGGGCAAAUUAUACAAAUACUACAAUUACAAUCGCUGAUAAACCAUGUAAAGUAUUAGAAAUUACAAGUUCAACAAUUGUAUGUUACUAUGAAGCUGGUGUUGAAAUUUUACAAAAUCCAAUCUCUUAUGUUAUAACUGUUGAUGGUCAAAGAAAUAAUAUAGCACCAGAUAGUGAUACUUCAACAAUUUCAUUCUAUUCACUUUGCCCAGGUCAAUCAUUUUCCAAUGGUACCACUUCUCCAACUUCUUCAACCAAUACAACAACACAAGGUUGUAGUAAUAGUGGUACUUGUAAUCCUGUCACUGGUCUAUGCCAAUGUUUACCAACCAAAACUGGUAAAAUUUGUGAUCAAGAUAAAUAUUCAAGUAAUUCAACUUCAAAAUUAUUAUCAACAUCAUCAUUAUUUUUAUUAUUAUUAAUCUUUAUUACUUUAUUUUAUUAA